AUGGAUGAAUCCAGGCCGGAACAAGAUCACUCCACCACUUCGGAUCAGAGUACCCUGGCUGCCAUGCGGAACUUGACAGCAUCGAUACAGAGCCUAGUGAGAUUGCUUCACCAGGAAAGUGAGCGACGAGAAUGUCAACUGAAAUCAAAGAACGCUAAGGACAGUGACCCUGUCCUGAAGGCGCUGAGCGAGGAAAUUGCAGCCGGGCGGCCAACGCACAUCCCAGAGGAGAACCCUGUGGAGCUCAUGUCACAAGAGGAGAUCGAUGAAAAGAAUGACUCGUAUAGGGAGAAAUACACAGCCUUCUGGAAGGAUUUGCCGUCCCCUCCAGCUGACAUAGAAACCACUGACAAUGCUUACCAGUGGGCCUUUGACCUAUAUCCCCAGAUAUAUCACUCUCUGGGAUGGCAUAAAAAUGAGGAUAUCUUUUUUGCUGCAGAUAUCCUAUCCAAACACCGUGACGACCUUCUGGAAGCACUCUUCGCCGUUGAAGCAUAUCGGCGUAAGCAAUUUGAUUGUCCUCUGGAGCCAUCACGCGCGGCGUUCGAAUAUUCACGCCUACCCCGCCUACUGCUGAUACUGGCUCGUUUGGAAGCCCGACGAAACGAUGGUCUGGAAUGCCGCAACGGAGCCUGUGUGGAUUGUCGCUACUUCGGCGCCGACCAAACCCUCCAGGUUCUCAUUGAAGUGGGUCGAACAGUGCACCACGACAGAUACUGGAGUGCGAAUGACACAACUUUGCAGGAACUGCUGCAUCGCUGUUAUGCUCGGCGUAUUCUAUCUCAGCCUAAUGCUGAUAAUCCUGAUGUUUUGCGAUACCAGUUCCAUCUCGUUUACGACUGCCUGGGUGCGUUGGACUUUACGUCGCGGUUCCUUGAAGUUCGAGAUGCGCUUUGUCUCACCUUCUAUACCAGAUAUCAAAGGGAGCCAAUCCAUAAUAUAUUUGGCAUGGAAAAAUGUCACAGAAGCUCUAUGAAGGGCAUUGAGGAUUUCAAGGAGCUUCCACUUGAAGAGUUCCCUGGUCCGACUUUCUCCCCCGACACACUCACGGUUCAGUACCUGCAGGACUUUGGCGGCUUGAGGAUUGAAUGGACGGAUAAUCUGGAUGAUCAUCUCAAGAUAUUCACGGGCCGCAAUGCGCUCAGGAUCUUUGCUCAUCCCACAUUCUUCUACAAUUGCCGAGAUCUCGUGAAAAGAGAUUAUAUUGAGCCCUUGCACCUUGAGUUAUCUCGGACGUACGCCCUUCUUUUUAGACCAUCAUCCCGACCGGCACUGCGACUGCUGCAAGAAGCGACCAAGUCAAACGAGAUCACUUGGCUGGGAAGGAAGAUCGAUCCGAGUUGCCAUCGGCCAGGUAUGGAACAGGGCACUAGCAAGUCGUUUGAUGUCGAUCUGGCCAAGCCAUCAACAACCCGUAUCCUGGAGAACUUCCAUCGCUGCUCGCUUCCCCCCAGCAUUCAAGCCGCUUAUAACGUUGCCAACCCUUUUGCUAGUAUUAAGGAUACUAGCUUCUUCAAUCAACACAAGUUCACAACCAGCUCCAUGCGGCAGAUUCAUGCCCUCGCUCCGUACUAUCCAGAGGACAUUAUGUUUAUGAUAAUGUCUAUCUUUCAAAACGAUCUCCACUCAAACGAGGCUUUCAUAGACUAUGAGUACUUUGGUCCUCGAUUGCGUCGCCUCAAAACAUACCUGGACAACCAGGAGCCCACCACACUGAAGCAGCUGUGGUUUGACAGGAGGGACGCUCGAGCGUGGUGGACUUUUUGGGGUGGUGCUUUUUCUCUCAUUGUGUUUGUGGUGUUGGCUGCUCUCAAUGUGAGAUUACUGGCUUCGAAAUGA